AGGAGCAGGCAGGCAGUGGCAGUGUAACCUCCAAGGCAAAUGAUAUACUGUAUCUCCACCCAAAACAUGUUUCUGCGCCUCACCAAGGCCGGAAACUAUUGGAUUCCCAAAGGUCUGCGAGGAACGGGCUGAACGGCGUUGGCAUUUUUUAUAAAAACUGGCUCUCGUUCAAGCUUAAAAAGAAGCACAAAGUCCUAAAGAGAGGAUAGACGACGGGAGAAAGAGCAUCCGAACGUCCCGAACAUCUAUCUACCUCAUCCACCCCCCUUAUAUAAAAAAGAAAUUAAUUACACCCAGUUACGGCGAAAACCACCCAACUGCGCAAAAAAGCCAUGGCGAAGACGUCAGACAAGCCCUUCCGGGUGAUCCUCGUGGGCGGCGGCCUCGUGUCGCUGACGGCGGCGCACAUCCUGAGCAAGGCGGACAUCGACUUCGUGAUCCUGGAGAAGCACGACCGGCUGCUGACGCAGAUCGGCUCGCUGCUCGGCCUCAUCCCCUCCACCCUGCGCAUCUUCGACCAGCUCGGCAUCCUCGACGACGUCACCGCCAUCGCUUGUCCCGUCGUGUCCAACUACGUCAUGUCGGCCGACGACCAGACGCUGUUCUCCAACUUGGAGUCGGGGAAGCACUUUAGGACUUUCCACGGCCGUGACUCGCUGGUAACGCACCGCCCGUUCCUAAUCGACGUGCUGUACAAGACGCUCCCCCCGAGCGCCAAAGCGCGGGUGAAGGUCGGGAAGCUGGUGACCAGCAUCUCCACGACCAGCUCCCCGGACGGCGUGCGCGUCGAGUGCGCCGACGGCACCGUCGAGGAGGGGUCCAUGGUGAUCGGCGCCGACGGCGUGUACAGCAAGACGCGGCAGAUCAUGGAGGCGCUCGCCUCGGGGUCGUCGGCGGCCCCCUCCGCCUCGGAGGAGCCCGAGGCCCCGUACGUCAGCACGUACCGCUUCCUCUUCGGCAACAUCCCGAUGCCGCCGGGGGUCACGGCGGGCGUCAACUACGAGUGCGCGUCCGACGGCGUGUCGACGCAGCUGAUGGCGGGCACGGACCGCGCCUGGCUCGGCGUGUACGAGGCGCUCGACCAGCCGACGCCGGGGAACCUGCGGUACACCGACGCGGACAAGGAGGCGCUGCUGAAGAAGUACUCGCACCUGUACGUGGCGCCGGGGUGGACGGUGGCGGAUGCGUUCGCGCUGAGGGAGGGGGAGAUGGGGCUGGUGCCGCUGCAGGAGGGGUGGGUGGAGCGGUGGUGGCACGCGCGGAUCGUGCUGGUGGGCGACGCGGUGCGGAAGCUCGACCCGCACGCCGGGCUCGGCUACAACAGCGGCGUCAUGGACAUGGUCGUUCUCGCCAACAAGCUGCGUCGCUUACUCCUCGCCGACCCUUGCCCCGACACCGAGGCCCUCGGCGCCGUGUUCGCCGACUACCAGGCGCAGAUGGCGCUGUACAAGCCGAACACCGACUACCUGUCGCGCGUGCGGCCGCGCCAGCUGGGGUGGCUGACGGCCAAGGACAAGCUCAUGACCAAGUACGUGAUCCCGUGGACGGGGCUCAACAAGCUCGGUGUGCGCUACGUGCUCGCGCCGUUCAUAUCCAGCCUGCCCGUGCUGGAGUGGCUGGAGGAGAAAGGCCCGCCGGGGAAGCCGAGGCUGCCGUAUGUGCACCAUGCUCUCGUAGAGGGGAAGGGGGUGGUUGUGCCGCAGAGGAGCAGCCAGAGCCUGUCCCUCUUUACUGGGGCGUUUGCCGUGGCGGCCAUUGCGGCGGCGGGGCUGCAGUACUAUGGGAGGAUACUGUGAAGGAUGAGCUGGGGAGGGAGAUGUUAAGGGAUUUAUAUGGGUAGGUAUGGUCUUGGCUGGGAAGGACCCGGAUGGUUUCCUACGCAGGUAAUUAGGUAGCUUGUGUACGGUAUAUAUCUGUUUGUGACCCGUUUCACGAAGCUAGACAUCUCUUUGCUGUCGUAUGUAUCACCAUCUAGGAAUCAAUGAAUCAAAAAAGGAAGGAAUAAAUCACUACUUGAGACACGAGAUCUGAUUUCUAGGUA